AUGCCAAAAGAGCCGCAAUAUACCUUCACUCCUCCAAGAAGCGCACGCUUUGCUAUUGAAAAUAGGGAAGCAAUGGCAGAACUUCAGGGUGGAACAAAUUUGAGUACCUACUGUGCGGAAUAUUCUCUGAACGAAUUUCUCGAGCAAGCGACAAACUUCCACUUCCUUCUUUAUCUAAUGACAAACCAUCUUGUGCAGUUCAGUGAGGCCGAAAUGCAUAAACUGUGCUUUGCUGUCUCUACGCAAAAUCGAGAAAUGGCCAUCGAAUGGGCGCGAGAAACACUCGAUUGGCAACAGUUGGUGGCUCUGUCUCAUGAGCAAGGUCACGCAGCAGCAUCAGCAACCACAUGGUCUUGCAAACACUGCACUUUCGAAAACAACGAACAGCGACCGGAUUGUGCUAUGUGCGGUUUGCCAGCAAAUGCAUGA